AUGUUUACUCAAAACACCUGCUCCAUAUACGGGCGUUAAGUAAAUAGAAAGGGGAAGUCUAUGCAUACAAAACUGAAACUGACAUCAGAGUGCGACAGUCUUUAUUUGUUGUUAUUGUCAAUAAAAAGAAAAUCGACUCCCCCACCAAGAAACACAAAUUUCUCGGCGCUAUUCUAUCUACGAGUAUCGGAGUAUCGAUCGGUAUCGGUAAUCAAACAGAAAAUAAAAAAAGAUAAACUGGCAAAGCUUGUGUUCCAAUAGAUACCCAUCGAUAAAGUUGAGGCAGUCAACUGCUGCUUAGCUAGCUUACCUCGAGAAGCUCAGAUACGAGAAAUAAUAAUAACCUGAGAAAGCUCCCUUCCAUAUCUUUUCGUUUUUUUAAGAUAUGAUAAGCAAAAAAGUCCACACCGUUUAUUAAGUGUAUUUGAACAAAAUUGACAACGCCAGCGGCGGCGAAGACGUGUCGUCUCAAGUGAAGCCGAAGUUCGAAAGAAUAGUUGAAAUGUGAUGCACGUAUCGCAAGCGGAAGAAAAAAAUAUAAUAAUUUCUCUCUCAUAAAAUGGCUAAACUAGGAUCAGUUCCUCAACAUUCUGCUUAUGGUCAAUCUGAUGUCGUGGUGUCGCUUUGUUCGUUGGGUGUUGUGAUAUGCAUGGUGCUGGCCGUUUUGGGAAUAAAAUUACGCUGGUUUAAAAAACGAAUUCAUUUUGAUCAGAUUCCGACGACCGGAAGCAGUGGAUCAGACAUUAAUGGUCAAGUGUUCUUAAGAAGAACUUCUCGUAAUUUCCAAGAGCAAUUUAGUGAGCCUGUGGUGGCUCAAGGAAUAUUUCGGAAGAAAUUAGAUGAAGAUGACAUUAUAGAGCGACCUAAAUCUUUACCACCUGUUCGUGUUCGAAAAACCUCUACGAGUUUGACUACUUUUGGACCUCCGAAGAGAUUUACCAUACCCAGCACAGUAGUGGAAGAACCUGUGGUCAUUCCACCUCCCCCUCCACCAUUACCACCGUCAGCUUCAUCCGCUUCACUAGCGACUUUAGGUGGACCUGGCAGACAAACAUCGACAGAAGAAAAAGUCAACUUUGCCCCAUCGGUUGAAAUCAUCCCAAAUGGAAACACACCCAGAGAAACCGAACCGUUGCAUGAAGAAGAUGCUCCCAUCAGCAGACAAUUGAGCGGACGAAAACAGACGGGGUAUACAAGGCCAUCGGAUGAUAUAAUUGCAGAACUUCAAAAAUUGUCUGAUGAAGUGACUAAAAAAGAGAAAGAGAAAGAUGCACCACCUGAACCACUACCCAGGAGUUUUGUACCGGAGAAACCAAGAGAGAAAUUCAUAAAGAAUACUUCUAGGAACGUAAGACCUAAUGAAGAAUCCCAGAACUCAGAAGAUGAGCAAAUAAGUCCUCAGAAACUAAGUCAGCGUCGUUUGACAGGAAUAUUUCCAUCAGCUGACGAGGAGCCAAGGAAUUAUUCAGAUCUUUCUUCUGACAAUGACGAAGAUGAUGAUGAUGUUUUCAGUAAUCAAAAACCAUCCAAUAAAGUCGUUUUUCAAGUUGACUAUGCCGAAGAUGACCGUAAAUCUCCCUCUCCACCACCACCAUCAACCAAAUCCACUGUACAACCACCGUUACUUUUUGUCACACAAGUCUCCAACGACGACGAAAAUGAGUCAGAGUCAUCGGAUAGUUGGUCAGCCAUACAGAGGCAUAGAAAUUUAACUCAAGAAAUCAACGAUCAGCGAGAAGUAAGAUCAACGGAAGACGAAUUUCAUUCUGCCCCACCAAAAAUUGAACAUCCUCCAUCGCCAACACAACCAGAUCAACCUAAACCAAGAACAAUGCGGGAUAUGAAGCGAAACAAUGCAAGGAAUGAUUUAUUAUUGAAUAGCGAAAGAGACUACAAUGAAAUCUAGAUACAUAGAAAUUAAAUUCUUUUGUUGAAUUAUUUAUCUUAAUAAUAAUAAAAAAGUGUUGUUUUUAGAUCGAAUUUAA